UAAAAAUGGGAACUAAAGUGAGAUUUCAUUUGAAACCUGAUGUUCACAUCUUUGAUUCAAGUGUCGCGUGUGACUGGCAGUUAAGCCGUUCUAAUACAGUUCCGAAAAUGGUAACGUCUUCUUCAAUCCGGAUAUCGGAAUCUGUCAGUAUCAGUGUCGAUGAUAUCUAUAAUAUUGCAGAGCGGGAAAGAUUGUGUUACUCCGCCCGUGGUAGGCGACAUGCUGUUGCAACGGCACAAAGCCAGACCUACAAGAUGGAUGAAGUUUAUAAGUCAAGACCUCACACAAGUGCCAGUGGAUAUAUCUCUAACUAUCGGCGAGACUUAGUGACACCAACAAAAAGUAUUCGCAGUGAACCUGUGCCUUCUAGGGUUUCUUCGCGAGCUGGAGGGGAUUUUGAUGACGAAAACGAAACUGACGAAUACCCCAUUAAUUAUAUAAAUACCCCGUCUGUCUGCUGUGAGGUCAUUGGUCCCCAGGCUUGCGAAGAAUGUAUUCGAGCUCAUCGAAGAAGAAUAGAAAAAGAAAAGUUUGACGCCCGUUUUCCAAACUUGCGAAUUUCGAGUCAAAACAUCACGACUUCAACACUCUUACAGCGUUAUUUUCCACAUCUUACGCAUGAAGACAUACUGGUAAAACUGGCAAGAGGUGAAAUAGCUGUACCUAAUAUACCAUCUCGACCAGCGUGUCGAGAUCAAAAUGAUAAACGCUUACGUGAUAGAGACGCAGUAAUCCAAAGACGUGCACAGGAAUCUGUAAAAAUAAGCAGAGCCAAACAAUCCAUCUUACAGAAGAAAAUCAAAUCCACUUUGUUCUUCGUAAAUAUCGAAGAUUUAAACAUGAAAAUAAAUUCAGGAAAAGUGUCACGGUCACUUGGAUUUAAUUGUAAACCAUCAAAGAAAAAAUCUACUUCAACUGAAUUCGAGAGUGUUUUCCCGUCUUUUGUGAGUCCAAGGAAGGUCAGCUUUAUAUCGGAAGCAAGUGGGAGAAAAUUCCAUUACGAGCCUCCACUCCUUCCUAAAGAAAAUCAGAUCCAUGAGCCUGGCUUCUUCGCGGGAUCUGACUCUUCCUACAAAUUACCAGAACGACUUCCUGACACAAUUGAGUUCGUUCAAAAUGGGAUAACAAUUAAACGCAGUCUGUCGACGUUAUCGGAGCCGGAGGAAUCCUCAGUUCUAACAUUGAAUGAAUCUGUCUUAGAAGGCGAACGCAGUGAUACAGAUGACGAUAUAUCUUUUAAAAUGUUAAAAGACAGCAGAACCUCCGAGACAGAAUGAU